AUGGCCCCUGGUGAGCAUACCCCUGGAAAUGCAUCAGCUCAAACUGGUAGCAAUGUUGCUAACCAGCAGUUCAGUACAUUUGGAGCUUCUUCCUCUAAUGUCUCUGUUCCUCACUUUAGGAGUACCUUAAAUCAGCAGUUUGCUCUCAAGUUAGACAGGAACGAUUUCUCCCUGUGGAAAACAAUGGUCAUGGCCAUUGUAAGGGGACAUCGUCUUGAUGGCUACUUAACAGGAGGCAGAUCAAGACCAGCUGAAUAUAUUUCAGCACCUAGUGUUGAAGGUGAACCAGGAACUACUUCUGAAAUGAAUUCCGAGUUUGAACAGUGGAUUGUCAACGAUCAAUUGCUCAUGGGGUGGUUAUAUGGGUCAAUGACUGAGAGCAUAGCCACUGAAGUUAUGGGAUGCUCUUCUUCUGCUGAUCUGUGGAGUGGUUUAGAGUCCUCGUUUGGUGAUCCUUACCCUGAAUCCCUCCUUGUUUCUAACGUGCUUUCUGGUUUAGACAUGGAAUACUUGCCCAUUGUGCUGCAGAUUGAAGCUAGAGAAAAGACAACUUGGCAAACUCUUCAAGAUCUACUGCUGAGUUUUGACAGCAAGCUUGAUAGACUCGGCUCCUUCUCUGGAAAUAGCAAACAUGGAAACAAUGGCUCUCCCUCAGCCAACCUUGAUAACAAAGGCUCUGCUGGUGGUGGAAAUUACAACCCAGGAAACUCGAGAGGCAGAGGAGGAAACAACAAUAACAGCAGCAAUCGUGGAAGGUCAAAUGGAAGAGGAAGAGGUGGUAGAGGUGGUCCAAAAUCAUAG